AUGGCCCUCCUGCCUGACCUCUUCAAUCUCAACUGCGUUGGAAUGGCGUGUAUAGCUCUCGUCGUCUAUGACUAUCUCUGUACUCUGGUAGACGAGGUAGAAUACGUUUGGAGAAGUCGCUGGUCGAUUGGGAUACCCUUGUUCUUCCUGAAUCGGUACCUUGUUUUCGUUGACCAGGCGUUGCUCUUCCAUUUCAGUCUUCAAACAACCGCUUCACCAUCAACUUGCGGGAAACUCUUCCAGUCAGGAAUCUGGAUGCUAAUCUUUGGUGGAAAUGUGGCCUCUUUCAUCAUUUACAUGCAAACCUGCGCGAUAUGGGCCAACCAAUGGAAGGUGGUCAUUCCUCUACUCGUUCUCCAGCUGGUAUCUUCCGUGUCUCUAUUGGUCUUCCGCGUCAUCGCUGAACGCUUCCAAGGCGAAACUGGUCACGUCACUCGUUUUCUCGCAUCUUCAAUGGAGCACCAGCAUAUAUACAACCGUGCCUGGAGGGUGGUGUGCCGCGAUCCCUACAACGUCCUAUCUUCGAUAUAUUUAUGCCAUCACCUGCGCGACCGAAGCAAUUACGAUCGGAUUUACCGUCGUCAGGGCCUAUCAACACAUCCGGGGUUCCAAGUCGUCCUCUCCGAGUCUGACGCAGGUGGGGUAUUAGGCAUCCUUUACUGCAUUUGCAUCCUCGUGUUCAGUAUGAGCAACGCUAUAAUAUCCGAAGCGUUAGAGGGCACCAUUUCUUCUCACCUACUUGGCACUGGAGACCGCAACGCGUGA